AUGGCUGACUCGGAGCUCUCCCCCAAGUUCGCGCCCUUCUUCGGAAUGGCCGGCAUCGCUGCAGCCAUGAUCUUUGGCAGCAUGGGUGCAGCAUAUGGUACCGCAAAGGCCGGCAUUGGUAUCGCGGGUGUGGGCACCUUCAGGCCAGACCUGAUCAUGAAGUGUCUGAUCCCCGUCGUCAUGUCGGGUAUCAUCGCCGUCUACGCCCUCGUCAUCUCAGUCCUGAUCGCCCAGGACCUUGCGCCACCUGAUGCCGGGGGUGCCAACUACAGCCUGUUCAACGGCUUCAUGCAUCUUGCCUGUGGGCUGUCAGUCGGACUCACAGGUCUCGCCGCCGGUUACUGCAUUGGCGUUGUUGGCGACAAGGGUGUCAGAUCGUACAUGCAACAGUCGAGAGUGUUUGUCGGCAUGGUGCUUAUUCUCAUUUUCGGAGAAGUUCUUGGUCUUUAUGGCCUCAUCGUCGGUCUCAUUCUCAACACCAAGAGCAAGGGCUAA